AAAGACGCCCUUCAAGUACGUACCUGUUUCUUAUCGAUAGUGACAGAGCUGUAGCGACAAGCUGUAGUGGGUCACUUGGCGCUGGCAGAGAGCCCACUCGCCCACCUGCAUGUACUUGUACUUGUACAUUCACGUGCUAGCGCAUGAAGCUCCCCCCGGUCGAACUGAACUCUGUUAGCACUGGUGUCGUCACAGCCAGCUCUCGAAAUCCACUUCAUCAAGUUUAGGUAAGUAACUAGCCCACGACUGAUGCUCAUCUCGCGAUGGAAAACACCAUACCCAUUACCACCUUAUAAAAGUCUUAUACAAAUCCACUGCUCAUUGGUGAGCCCGUCAUCGUGGAAUCCGCCGUGUCUCACAGCUGGUUCACCUGACUCCCCAAUGAAAUGGCGGAGCGAAAUAGAACCGUAACUACACUGGCCUCAGGCGCCAUACGGCUAGCCUCCUACUUCUUCUUGCGCUGGGCUGCGCUUCCUCCCCUCCUACCCGUAAUCUACACACUAUUCGCUGUAUAUGCGACUGCCUUCAUCUCAACUUACCUCAAAGAGUCGAAAUACGACGUUAUUGAUGAGGUCGACGUAAUUGUGCAAGACAGUAUCCUUAAUCAGGAUGCGGUUAACGCGGGGUUAACGGACGAGGCCAUCGUUGAGGAAGAGGUUGACAUCAAAGAGACCAUCAGCGCCAGAGAAAAGCCGCCCAACCGCUUGAAGACGCUUCUUACGGGCACACCAAGUCCCACCAGCCUGCUCUCCACGGCACUUACGUUUCUUGUCAAUGUUGCUUGUUUAGCCGCUGUCACCGAUUUCGUGUAUUCCCCAAAAUGGAAUUAUCCUAGCCAUGAUUUAUCUUUUGCUAGAGUCGGCUAUGUUUCCGAUUCCGAGGCAAAGUUGCUGAUUCGAGAGCCGGAUCAAGCAAAGAUGCCUAUCACGGUUCAGUUACACGCCAAGGAUGCUCAAGCUCCAUUUGACAACUGGCUUGAGGCCGGAACCAUCAGGUCAACCACAGAAGACUCUGACUACACUGCAGUUAUAACGCUGCCCCUAGCCCGCUCCAAGCAGCAUAUAUAUGAGUGGACUACUUCUAAUAACCACUCAGGCGAGUUUACCGCUGCUCCUAAGCCCGGGGUCAUGCCGGAACUCAAUGAUGGCAAAUUCACCUUUUUGUCAACAUCUUGCAUAGUUCCUAGACUUCCCUAUAACCCGUUGGAUCAUCCUCUAGCGUUCCCCGGCAUGAAACACUUAGCUAAAAUUUUACCAAGCCUAGGCGCUCAAUUCAUGCUCUUUCUAGGAGACUUCAUCUACAUUGAGGUGCCACGUCAGUUUGGACAAUCUGUCGAGAAUUACAGGCAGAAAUAUCGGCAAGUCUACGCAUCACCUGAUUGGCCUGCUGUAGGCCAGAAUCUCAGCUGGAUUCAUGUUCUCGAUGAUCAUGAGAUUUCAAAUGACUGGGAUCUGAAAUCUACAGGAGUAUAUAACACCGCGGUUGAUCCUUGGCAUCAUUACCAAACUGCUGUAAAUCCACCUCAGGCAAAAAGGGCUGGAAGUGUCAGUCUUAUCCCUCGUAGGGGAGCUACCUACUUUUCGUUCACUCAAGGCCCCGCGUCAUUUUUCAUGCUCGACACUCGAACGUACCGCUCAAGGAACUCGGAGCCUUUCGACAGCGUCACCAAGACAAUGCUAGGACAAGAGCAACUCGAGGAUUUCCUUGCCUGGCUACGCCAACCUGAGCCUAAGGGGGUGAAGUGGAAGAUUGUGGCCAGUUCUGUGCCCUUUACCAAGAAUUGGAGAGUCAACACCAAAGAUACUUGGGGUGGCUUUCUCGUUGAGCGAAAGAAGAUACUAGAAGCCAUGUGGGAUGCCGGCAGUCUCGGUACAGGUGUCGUUAUUUUAUCGGGUGAUCGCCAUGAGUUCGGGGCCACAGCCUUUCCACCACCGCCGAAUAGCAAGUGGAUCGAUACCGUCACGGUUCACGAAUUCUCGGCAAGCCCACUGAACCAGUUCUACUCGCCCGUCCCCACGUACAUGCAAACAGAUGACGAAGAUGUAAAACUUAAAUAUAUCAAUUUCGGCCAUUCGAAAUUCGGCGCUAUCACGAUUGAGAAGCUCUCCACUGAGCAAAGCAUUCUGACGUAUACUGCAUAUAUAGACGGCGAAAACGCCUGGAAUUACACCAUGCUGUCACCGGUCACCGCGCUUAACUCUCGAGGAGGCGGUAGCUUCUGGGAUAGGUUGAAGGGCAUUUAGUGUUUAUACAAAUCCGGGGGUAUCAGGUCCUAGAGGUCGGUGCGCAUUUGAUCGCUUACCGUGAGCUCAUUAGAAGGGCUAUUUCUGUAGUGUAUUAUGGGUUAUUGUGA